CGUUAUCUUUAUUUACAGUAUAAGUUCUUGUUUAAUUUGUUUUAUUUUUUUGUAUUCAGUUGAACAUUUAUGCUUUUUGUGUCUAGUAUUAUUUAUUACUCUCUCUCUGGCAUGUUUCAGACCAAAAUAGCUCCUAUCUGACCAUUUAGUUGCACCCAGAUUGUAUGAUAAAGCAACGGGAGCCGAGCAUGUACAAGCGCCUCUCUUCCCACAUCACUUCCAUCGACCUUCCUGACCUUCCCGACCUACCGGAUGCUUUCAGGGAAACUGCCUCUCGUGUUGAGUCAGCCCUUCAACAUGCCAGAAGCUCAUAUGAGAGUCACACUCGCAAGGAAAAGGAGAAAGGAGAUAAGAAAGAUGGAGAUAAAUCUGAAAAGAAAGAGAAUGAGAACAUUGAUGAUAAGGAAAAGAAUGAGGACUCCAGUUAGCAGCAUGAAAGCCUUCUAAUAAGUGAAAACCAGAAAAGAGUACUUUAGAAGUGAUUAAUUUCAUUUUUUCUUGAAAUACUGUAAUUGUUGUUGGAUGGGUAACAAGUGAUUUUGAAAUUCAGAUCAUUUCACAUUAUUAUAUUUUUUGAAAAAAUUAAUUGUUUUAAUGUUUGACAAAAUGUGGCAGUAAUGGAUGAAAUAUUUUGUACUUGUAUUGGCAAUGGCAAGUAAAGAACACAUACUCUGUUAUCCUUGUAAAUUGUGUUGCUAUUCUUAGCAUUUUUUCUUUCUUUCCCAUUGUUAGAUCAUCUUUAUUAUGGUAUCAUUAUUUUUAUGAUACUUCCUUGGUAAACAAACUAAAUUCAUGGGAGAGCCAAGUCCUGCAUUCUCUUAAUAACUGUACUAGACACAUAAAGUGAUUUGAUAAAAUUUGCUCUCACAUUUAAUAUUUAUUGAUUUAUUUAUAUAAGACAAACACUUGCUCAAGCUUAUAUAGAAUAAAAAAAUAUCUUGUCACUGUCGUAUUUCAUAGUCCUGCAUUCUCUUAAUAACUGUACUAGACACAUAAAGUGAUUUGAUAAAAUUUGCUCUCACAUUUAAUAUUUAUUGAUUUAUUUAUAUAAGACAAACACUUGCUCAAGCUUAUAUAGAAUAAAAAAUAUCUUGUCACUGUCGUAUUUCAUAAUACUGUAUUUGUACCAGAAAAUGUAAAGGUAGUUAUUGCAAAGUGAAUUAUAAAUAUUGCCAAUCUUCAAUGAUGCCAUCGAGUGUAUUUUUCAUGUACUGUAUUGAUUUUAUAAUUGAAUGGUGUACCUUAGUUGCUUGAUCUUUAUAAUUGCUAGUUGAUUCAUUGAUACUUUCAUUUUAGUACAGUUGUGCUCACUAGGCAAACGCCACUUGUGAUUCCAGGGGACAUGUCCAAUUGUUGUACAUAGGAUAAAAUUUAGGUAGUACUUCCAAAGCAUAUAACGAGUCUAAUUCUGUACCUAAAAAUAAUUGGCACAAAAUUUCAAAGCACACUUAAAAAUAUAGUUAAUUGCUUUUGAAAUCCAAGUGUACGAAUGUCUAUGUGAAAUUAACUAGAAGGAAUUGGUAUUUGAAAUCUCAUUUUGAAAUAAAAAUAAUACAGUAAAAAGUGGAUAAUACGAGUUAAGAGUUUCUAUUUUGACCGCCCAAAACUUCUUUGACUGUAAAGCUGUCAAGGGAAUAGAUCAAUAAUUUUACAAAAACUAUAUUAUGGUGUCAAGGGCAUAGAUAAAUGAUUUUUCAAAAACUAUCAUUGAACUGACAUAAAUUAUCAACCACUACUUAAAAAAAAAUAAUUUUCUAGCUGUAGUAAUGUUUUGAAAGUCAAGUCUUCCAGAAGAGAAAAUUCCAGUAAUAGCUAAUAAAUUAGCAAGUUAUGACAGUGGCUAGAACAUCUAAGCUUAGAAUAGAAAUGAGUACAGUAUCUGUAUUUAUAUAAUUUAUCUGUACUACAGUGUGCAUUUGGAAACUGUGGAUUAAUUAUCUUCAUCUUUUCAAGAAUAUAUGGCCAAGAAAAUUAAUUUUGUAAUAAGAGCAGAUGACAUGGGAAUACCGUCUGCUGUUAUGAUUCCACUUGCUGCUUGUGUCUGUCACUACAAAAUUCAUUUACUCUUUCAGAUUACUAUCAUUGUACCUCUGCUUGUAUAAAUGUGUACAGUAUUUGUAGUGUAAAAUGAAAAUUACAUUUAAAAUCUGUUCAUGUAUGUACAUUAUGAAACAAAUAGUUUAUAACACUGCUGUGUUCCUCCCUUAAGUCAAUGUGACUGACCUGACUAGGUUGGGUGCAUUGGCUUAAGCCGGUAGGAGACUUGGAC